AUGCACCUUUUAGCAGAACGAAACAAGAAAGCGAUAGCUAGAGAAUUGAAGUUAUAUAAGGACAAGAUUGCAGCCAUGACGUCAGAAAUAGACGACGUUAAGAGCGAUCAACAAAUGGGUCAAGAUGCAAAAUCGAUAUUGGAAGCUAGAAUGAAAGAGCUGGAGGAGCAGUUGGCGGAGUUGCAGUACAAAAUUCUAGCUAAACUCCAGAAGAAGCCAAUGCAAAAGUUUUGUUCAUCUCUCGCAAAACUUCUUUAG